UAAAAUGAUUGAAAACAUUGAACUUCAAGUUAGUGUUGUGUGAUGACGAUGAGCAGUGGAUUGAAUUUUAAAAUUACGGGGUAUUUCUGAUGCAAUCUGACUCUAUGAGGCGUAUGUGAGACUCCAUGAAGUAAAAAAAUCGACCAGAAAAAUAAAAGCUUUAAAUUUUCGAGUAAGUGAUAUCCAGCUUUCAAUAUUCUCGAUGAUUAUCAUCAUGGGCAUUCCAUUUGGCUAUGGCGCUAAAAUUUUGGGAAUAUUUCCCUUGCCCUAUAAAAGUCACUUUGCUACCACUAGUUCGGUAAUGAAAAGUUUGGUAGACGCUGGACACGAAGUGACGAUGGUUUCUCCAUUCGCCAGUGAACUUGUGAAGGAAAAUUACAGUUCGAUAAUCGAUUUAUCGGAGUCUUUACACAGCUUUGUAGGUUUAGGAUCUUAUAACCAACACCCUGACAAUGGAGCAUACGAAUUAAAUCGCCUAGUUUUCCAAUACGAGGAAGACGUUUGUGAUAAGGUUUUCAAUUCCAGAACUUUUCAGGAAUUAUUUCUCUCGAAAGAAACAUUCGAUGUGGUAUUUGUCGAGGUGUUAGCAUUCUACAAAUGUUAUCUUCCUAUAGCGAAAAAAUUAAACGCCCCCGUGAUUGGUGUAGUUACCUUGAGGUCCUGGAGUAUUGCAGAUUUGGCUACUCAAAAUCCCCAUCAUCCGGCCGACGUACCCUUGGAUCUAAUUUACCAUUGGCGUUUCGAUGAUUUUUACUAUCGGUUUUAUAAUUUGUGGUAUAGCGUGGUUGUCAGGUAUUUUUGGACGUUCGGGGUAGUCCCAGUUUUAGAGAAGUUCCAUCGAGAUUACGAGGAUCAAUUGAAGCCUUACGAAGGGUAUUUGGAUAUCGAGCCGGUACUGAUUUUUUCCAAUGGUCAUCAUAGCAUUUUACCCAGAGCGAAUAAUCCGAAUGUGAUUGAAAUCGGUGGAAUACAAGUUAGACCUGCUAAACCAUUGCCUCAGAAUAUUCAAAAAUUUAUCGACGAAGCUGAUCACGGGGUUAUUUUGUUCACUUUUGGAUCUUUCGUGAAAGUGAGCUCGUUGCCAGUCGAUGUUGUGAAUAUUUUCCUGGAAGUGUUCGCGAGUAUACCUCAGAGGGUACUUUGGAAAUUCGAAGCUCCCCUGCAAGAUGUACCAAAUAAUGUCAUGGUGAUGGAUUGGUUCCCCCAAAGGGAUAUUUUAGAACAUCCAAAUGUCAGGGCUUUCAUCAGCCAUUGUGGACUGAGUGGAAUGUACGAAGCUAUUUACACAGCUACUCCGAUAAUUUCUUGUCCAUUGAUGUUUGAUCAGCCAGCGAAUGCGGUCAUUUUAGAGAAUUUAGGUGUAGCUGUGCACUUGGAUAUCAAAUCAAUUACCAAAGAAUCGCUCUUGAGUGCCAUUACUUUGAUGUUUAACGAUUCCAAGUAUUAUGAUAAAAUGCAAAAAGUAUCGCAGGCUUUUAAAGACAGGCCACUCACUCCGCAACAAAGUGUCGUAUUUUGGACCGAAUAUGUCAUCAAAUACAAAGAUACUCUGAAUUUAAUGCCUCCCUCGGGAAAAUUGAAUUGGUUUCAGUACUAUUUAUUGGAUAUUUUUUCGCUGGUCGUUGGAACGAUUGGUCUCAUCUUGUAUUUAUCCAAUCUAUUUGUUAAAGCUUUGAUUAAGUUUUUUCAGCCAAAAUUCAGUAUUUUGAAAAAGAAAUCUGAUUGAAUAAAUUUAUAAAUUAGUGAUUAGA